UGUGUUUGUGUGUGUGUGUGUGUCCUUGGCAGACAGGGUAUAAAAGUCGUCCAAACAUUCAGAGCAUCAGACGAGGGGAGAAAACGGCAGAAACCGACAUCAACAGAAAACAACAAGAGGAGAAGAAGAAGAAGAGACAGGACGGUGUGGUGAGAAUGACCAUCAUUAAUAUAUUUGAUAUGAUUUUAUCUAGUUUAAAGUUUAGCCUUAAAUAAAACUGUAUUUUAAAUAUUUUCUGCAACUUUUUUACUUCAGAGAUUGAUGAUAAAUGAAAAAGAUCAAUCAGAGCUGAGCUGCAGAAAACUGUGUGAAAGACAAAAAACUUUAAGGUUUUGAAUAAGUUCAUGUUAAAGCAGGUAUAAAUAAAUAAAAAUCAUAUUUGAUGUUAAAGCAGGUAUAAAUAAAUAAAAAUCAUAUUUGAAGUAAUAUUGAGAUUAAAAACUUUUUAACAGCUAAAUAAACGCAUCAGAUUUUUUUGUUGUAUCUGAGAUGUGAACACUAAUACAAAUAAAAUAAACUAACGCCUUUAUAUUUUCCUUGGUGUUCUCUUCUCUGGUUGGCCAACAGGAGAAUGAGUCCUGCGUGGCUUUUGGUGGCUGUGGUGGUUGUGGGCGGGGCCAGAGGAGCUGUCAGUCCGUGUUGGGAGCAUCCGAGCUGUCAGGAUUUGAACUCAGAGAGCGGCAUGACGGUAAAACAAAAACGUACACAGAGUUGAAACAGUCAGAGAGUAAAAAGGGUUUUUUUAAUAUUUAUUCUUUAUCUUUAUAAAAUUAUCUGCUUUGAGUUCAGUUUUUUUCCUCGUUGCUUUUCUCUCAAUCUAAAGGAUGAGUUUUUGUCUUUUCUCUGUUUGGAAACUGAAAACAAUAUUUUCUUAGGAGUGAAAAAUGUCACAGGAUCCUUCAGUGGAGACAAAUAAAUGAGGAGUAAUCGAUAAUCUGUAAUCAACCAUUAAUCAGUCAACAAAGACGAUGACUUGAUAAGAGUUUAUCCAGGCCAAAAUCAGUCAAAGUUCAUGUCAACAUAAAAACCUGUUCAAAUCCAACGGUCUGACCCCACCUUCUCACUUUAAUAGAUUUAAUCCAAACAGAUUAGAUCCGUACAGAUCUAUAGAUGACUUCAGAUCAAAAUCUGUAUGAUCAUGUUCAGAUUGUCUGUGAUCCGUCUUACCUGUCCGAGCAGGUUUAGAUCCGUCCUCUCUCAGUGUAGAGGCUCUCAGAGAUGGGAUUACAGCUCUUUCUUCUUUGCCACAGUUCUGCACAUAUAAAGAGAAGAAAACUGGAUUAAACUGGACUAAAGGUUUCAUUAGUGCUUUAUUAAAUUACUGCUCGAGUUAAGAGUUCAUAAAAAAACUAAGCCCUGAUAAUUAACGAUGGUUGGAUCAAUAGACGCUCAGCUUCUCUAACUUUGCUCGUCAGAUUUGGGCCUGGAAUAUUUCAAAUAUAUGCCUUUUGUUGCCUGGCAACAGUGGAGGAGGCUCCCAGAGAGUAUUAGAGUGUGGUUAAAGAGACAGUAGCUCAAACCUUCACUGUGUCUCCUCCUCGUCUCCUCCUCGUCUUCUCCUGCAGGACUGCAUCCAGCUCUGUCGCUCCGACCUCACCGCCGAGAUCCCCGUCAUCCCUGGAGACAACCACCUCCAACCUCCACCUCCAUCGGACUCCUCCUCCUCCUCCUCCUCUCCUCAGACCAAACGCUCCUACUCCAUGGAGCAUUUCCGCUGGGGGAAGCCCGUCGGCAGGAAACGCCGCCCUGUCAAAGUCUACACCUCCAACGGCGUGGAGGAGGAGUCUGCCGAGGUUUUCCCUGAAGAGAUAAAGAGGAGGGACCUGGUCAGUGAGCUGCUGGCUGCAGCAGCUGAGGAGGAAGAGGAGGAGCAGAAGAUGCAGGAGGUGAUGAAGGAGGAGGAGGAGCAGCUUGUGGAGAAGAAGGACGGUACGUACAAGAUGAAGCAUUUCCGCUGGAACGGCCCGCCGGCCAGCAAACGCUACGGCGGCUUCAUGAAGAGCUGGGAGGAACGCAGCCAGAGGCCCCUGCUCACGCUCUUCAAGACCGUCAUCAACAAGGACGCUCAGCAGAGGAAGUGAGGGAGGAAGAGGAGGAAGAAGAAGAGACUGUUUACACUGCUGACAGACAGGCAGCUGAAAGAGAAGGGGGGGGGGGGGUGUUAGUGACCAAUAAAAAUCUCUGAAACUGCCGACUGUGACCCUGAGUGACUGAAAGAGAGAGAGAGAGAGGUUUGGAUAUUUAUGAUCCGUGUAAAUGAUGUAACUUCUACCAAACAUAAAGAGACGUUUGAAAGCAAAA